GCGGCCGCAGGUGACAUCACAAAUGAUUCGGAAACUCGGUCAUGCAAUUAAUUACAGGCAGAAUAUGAAUCUGGCGGAGUAUGGACUAGGCGCAGAAGCUGUGUAACUAUUCAUCUAUGUAAACUAAUUAGCUAGGCGAUCGCCGGUGUCCAGCAUGCUAGUCCCCGACCACUUAUUUCUGCCUCGUUCUUCUCUCUUCCAUUAACCGCACAUUAACCUUUGAGUGCAGAGUACAGAUUACCCAACAAUCAUCACUAGCAGCAAGUGCAUUACUUCUCUUCUCUCUUCACCCCCACAGACACCUUUCUUCCGCGCACAAUGGACAAAAUCUUCCCUCACCCCCCUUACGCCGAAGACCAACCACAUUCCCAUAUCAUCCUCCCCCUACACGUCAUUCGCGCCGGCCUAACCGUUGGUUCAAUCCUAUCCGUCGUCUCCGCCACCAUCUUCACCGCAGCAAAACAACCCCGAACCGUCUCCGUCUACACCACCCGACUCAUCACAUAUGCCAGCCGGGGCUCCGUUGCCGGCAUGCUGGCCGGCGCAGGAAUGGUGACUUUCAAGAUGCGCGGACGGGAAGAGAUCGAGUGGCAGGAUCGAGCGUGGAGGUUGCUGGAAAACAAGGGACAGAUGGAGAUGGAUCGAUGGGUCCCCGCUGGCGGAGUACUUGGCGCGGUGGCGUGUGUGGUUGCCGCGCGGAGAGGAAAAGUGCCAAGCCUCGGGACAGGGACUGCGGCGCUCGGGGGACUGGGUUUAGGGGUGGCGGGUGGGGCGGCGGGAUAUGCGGGAUGGAGAUAUGGGGUCCAUGGGGGCAGGUUUGAUUGAAAUGGAUAGCAGAUAUACGGGCGGAGAUACUAGCGUCUGCUCUUCAACAAAAAAGAAAAAGAAAAAAAGAGAGAGGAUUUGCAUAUUGUUGUGUGCAUGACGAAUUAUUGUUCUAUCUAUUUCCAUUGAUGGAUAUUGCUCUACUCUUUACGGAGUCCUUUUUACGGAGGAUGUUGACAUUCCCGCUUCCCUCGCCUUGGCCCUCUCAAGCCCCUCACUUCACGAGACAUUUUGACCCUCGGCUAUUCUACAAGAAACGUCUAUCAUGACAUCAGGCCGGGUCACAAUCUCUAAAAAAAUGGAGCUCUCUUCUCAUCUG